UUGUUAGUAGGUGAGCUGAUAUUGGUGACAUAAGAAGUCGUGCCCCCAAACACCAGUAUCAUAAAUCUCCUCCCUACUCUUGGAAAAGUCAAUAUAAUGGGUCGUUCCAUAAAAUUGAAAUUUCUACAAUGAGACUCAGUCAUGGAAUGGGGACCUCCAAGACCAAGUGAAGCAGGUAGGUUGUUCAAGGUGGGGAGUUAUGGCGAUGGCGAUGGCUAUUAAUAAUAAUAAUGAACAUGAAGAUUCCAUGGCGCUUUUUCCCUUUGGAUCUUUCAAUGGCUUCGGCAGCUUCGGUUCUGGUUGCUAUCAUCCUCGCCUCCCUUCCCCCACUGUGGCAAUUCAAGAAGUAAUUGGUGUUUGCUACGGAACCAUGGGAGACAAUUUACCAGGAGCCAAAGAAGUAGUCCAACUUUACAAAAGCUAUGGCAUCAAAAAGAUGAGAAUUUACCAUCCUGACAAACAUAUAUUAAAUGCUCUUCAAGGAUCCAACAUACAAGUUAUGGUAGGCAUCCCAAACAGUGACCUUCAAAGCCUUGUUAAUAAUACUUCUGCUACAAAUUGGGUCCAAACCAACAUUCAAGCUUAUGUACCAAACAUCAAAUUUCAAUACAUUGCUGUUGGAAAUGAAGUCCAACCAUCUGAUUCUUUUGCUGCUUUUGUUCUACCAGUCAUGAGAAACAUUUAUAGUGCAAUUGUUGAAGCCAAUCUAGAGGAUCAAAUCAAGGUCUCCACAGUAAUUUCUGCUAACUUGUUGGGGAGCUCUUUUCCUCCUUCUGUAGGCUCAUUUAGCAGAGAGGCUAAUGAAUUGAUGGAACCAAUUGUUGGCUUUCUUGUUCAGAAUGCUUCACCAUUACUUGCUAAUUUGUAUCCCUACUAUACUUACAUGUCUGGAACAUUCACUCUUGACUAUGCUCUGUUCAACGGGCCCUCGGUUGUGAAAGAUGGAAAUUUUGAUUACCACAACGUUUUCGAAGUGAUGGUUGAUGCUAUUUAUGCAGCGCUUGAAAAGUGUGGUGGUACGAAUGUGUCAAUUGUUGUAUCGGAGAGCGGUUGGCCAUCCGCUGGAGAUGGUAAUACUAAGGUUGAAAAUGGAGUAGCAGGUUCUUAUUAUAGUAAUUUGAUUAAAUUUGUUCAAGGUGGGACUCAAAGAAGGCCUGGAAGAGCCAUUGAAACAUAUUUGUUUGCUAUGUUUGAUGAAAAUUUGAGGUCACCUGCUGUGGAUAAACAUUUUGGUUUAUUCACAUAUGAUCAAAAGCUUAAGUACGUAAUUAAUCUUAACUUUUCCCUUUAUUGAUGGUUUAUUUCAUUGUGUUAGAGCUCACUUUUAGUUCUGUUAUAAUAUUGUCAAGUAAAGGAAAUUGCAAGUAUUUUAGCAAGCAA